AUGGCCACCCCUCACGCAGGCCCAUCACACCCAUCGCAACCCCAGGCAGCUGUCGGAACCCCGCAGCAAGCAGCGGGCCUCGCGAAGCGCCCCGCCGAGGCGGAUGUCGACGCUGUGCGCCGCUUGAAACACCCCCGCCCUCCUCUCCCCCCUCCUCAUGUUCUCCAGUCUCUCGUGCCGGACUCGCCGGCGUUCACCGAGUUGAUGAAGAUUGAACAAAAGCUCGACUGGACUCUGCUACGCAAAAAGGCCGAGAUCAACGACGCGCUUGGACGCAGCACCCGCGUGAAGCGUACCCUCCGUGUCUUCCUUUCAAACACUGUGCACGACCAGGCGUGGCAGGUUGGCGAGUCGGCUGCGUCCGCUGCCGCUGCCGCUUCGGGGACAACAGAGGAGAAGAAGGACGAGACCUCCGGGGACGUCGUGAUGGGGUCGAUGGAAGACAAGAAGGAUGGCGAGGCUGAGGGAGAGAAGAAGGACGGCGAGGUCAAGGUCGAGGACAAGGGCGCUGCUGCUGCUGGCGUGGAUGUCAACACUGGCAAGGGUGUCGCUGGUUGGGUUAUGAGGAUAGAAGGUCGUCUGCUGGACACCGGCAACCACCGCCUGGACAAGCAAAAGCGCAAGUUCUCCCAAUUCCUGCGCUCUGUUGUUGUUGAGUUUGACAACCGCGAGGCGCCCACCUUCCCCGAGGGUAACGUCGUCGAGUGGCACCCUUCUCCCACUGCCGCGCCUCUGGACGGCUUUGAGAUCCUGCGACGCGGCGACGCCAACGUCAAGGCUCGCGUUGUGCUGCACAUCUCCCACUCGCCUGAACGCUUCAAGGUCCUUUCCCCGCUCGCCGAGCUUGUCUCCAUCCGCGAGGGCACGCGUGCCGAGGUCAUGGCUGCUGUCUGGCAGCUUGUCAAGGCGAGCGGUGCGCAGGACAAGGAGGACCCCACGAUUGUGCGUCCCGUCGGCGGUCUCGAGAAGAUUAUCACCCACGGCGCCGAGGGGAUCCAGUUCCACCAGAUUCCCGAAGUCGUCACCCGCUGCCUCGCCCACCCGGACCCCGUGGUUAUGACUUACGACAUCGACGUGUCAAAGGAACACAAUCUCCACCCGCGCUGCUUUGACAUCCCCAUCGAGAUUGAGGACCCCCUCAAGAGCAAGAUGGCCACUCUGGUCCAAAACUUUGAAGGACAGGCCGGAACCGACAUUGUCAAGCUCGAAGACAAGGUCAGCGAGCUGGCCUAUUUCGCCCGCGACCUGAAGCAGAAGCGCGAUUUCCUCGAAUCGUUCGCCCAGUCCCCACACGCGUUCAUCCACAACUGGCUGGGCGCCCAGGCUCGCGACCUCGACCAGAUGCUCGGAUACCAGAUCGGCAACCCUGCUAGCCAUGGUGGAUCGGUGCGUGAGGAGGAUCUCCGCAGGUCUGACAUGUUCCGCCUGCCCUGGGUCACUGAGGCGAUUGCGAUUCACGAGCAAAAGCCCAGGCAGCAGUAA